GGGUGUUGUAGUUUGGGAAGAGUGUGGCUGCACAGGUGGUGAACUGCACAAGGGCAGUGUUUGUGGAGGUGGCUUCAGCUACCCAAGCACGUGGACCUCAGUCCCCUUCCCCUCUCUCCCUGGACCCAACGUACCUGGCGUGGGCAGGUGGAGCAGAAGCAGAGCUGCUCCUGGUGGUGGCCUGGCACUGCUGCUGCUGGUGCUGCUCCCAGGCCUUGGGGAGCCUCUGCUCUCUGCUGUGCUCCACUGUGCAUCUCCUGUUCACAUGGACCCCCAAAUACCAACACGCUCCUGCUGCUACAGUACAGCUGCCUCUUCCCAGCUCUGGUUCCCUGUGACUUUUUCUGAGGUUCCUUCUAGCAGGAAUUUGGAGCCUUCAGCAAACAGCUGAGAUUGGGCUGAGGUGCCCCUCUGCUGCCUCUGCCCAGGGCUGUUACCAGUUACCCCAGAGCUCCCUGUACUCCCCUCCCAGCCUGAGGGAUUUUGGGGUCUGGUUUAAGCUGGGGUGAGUGUACUGGGGUACACUCCCCCCACAAUGGGGACACAGGUUCCAGGCAGACACACAGCUCGUGUUUCACCUCUCUGGGCUUUAAAUAUUUGGCCAGAAUGGACAGACACAACCCAAAGGAAUGUUUUGGAGCUGAAGCUUGCCGGGACAUGCAGGGAGUUGUGAGAUAUCCCAAGUCCUCUCCUGUGGUCAGGGGGGUGGCUCUGAGCCUGCCUGUAGUAUGGAAGCAGGUCUGGAUCAUCCACCAGAGACCUGCUCCUCACCUUGCAGGUGAAAGGGAAGCUGCUCAUGAGGGAGGCUGCAGAGCUGCUGAAAAACAGGGCCAUCCCAGCAGGGUCAGUGACCUGGGAAUGUGUGCAAGAUAGCACGUGGGCCUGGCACAGAGAUAAGGCUUGGCCUGGGAAAACUGAAACCAAACUGUGUGACAGUGAGGUGAGGCUUGCAGUGCACAGGCACAGCCCUGGCCUCCAGACAGGAGACUCCAGCUGCCACCUGAGCAGGGACAGGUGGCCCGGGUGGCAUCUUUGUUGUGUUCCAGGGUGCUGAUGUGCACGGGUGUUGCAAGGAGGUUCCUAGGAAAAGGUGUGGUGGGUGUGCAUGGGGACAUGGCAAACAGAGGAGCUGUGGUUUAAAAGAUGCAAGGGAAGAACACGGUGCUGGCAUGUGUCACAGCCUUGCCACUGCACAGGGAGGUGACAUGUGGCUGCAGCAGCAGUGGGUGCCUCUGCUGGUUCCCAGGCAGGAGCUCUGUACAGAGGUCUCUGUGCCAGAGGGGGCUGCCACACUCAGCUCAGGGACCCAGCCCUGGCAGAGCUGAGGGUGCCGGGAAGUUCCCUCAGAGGGCAGUAAAGGAGUGAAAAUCCAAUUGCACAUCGACGUGUGCCUGGCAAACGCGUUCAUGGAAACACACACUGCUCUGAUCCCUGUCAGCCUCCUGCGUCACCCUGUGCUGUCACCGCAGCAUUCCAUCCUCCCGGGGUCUCCUGCUGUGCUUCACAGCCCUCCCUCUCCCCGGGGAGCGGCUCCAACCCUCGCUGUGGUCUCAGCCUGUGGCACACCCGGUGUAGGACGGGGCAGCCAGCGGGUGUCACCUCAGGAGCGCGCCUGGCGGGGAGCCCUGCCCCGCCUCCGGGCAGGCGUCACCAGCUCUUCCUCUGCACUCGCCAGUUUCUAUUUCCCCGGCCCCUCGCCCCGGUCUCCGGCACGGGCAGGAUGGCAUCGCCCAUCUCGCAGAAGCUGGAGGAGAAGCUGGUGUGCUCCAUCUGCCUGGAGCUCUUCAAGGUGCCCGUGACCUUGCCCUGCGGCCACAACUUCUGCAAGCGCUGCAUCAGCGACCACUGGGACAAGCAAAAGCGGGCGCCCGCCGGCACCGAGGCGAGCUGCACCUGCCCCGAGUGCCGCAGGGGCUUCGAGCGGUGCCCGCGGCUGGAGAAGAAUGUCACCCUGUGCAGCGUGGUGGAGCUGGCCCGGGACAGCGAGGCGCGGGGCUCGGCCGCGGGCCGGAGCUCGGCGGCGCCCGCCGAGCUGUGCCGGCAGCACGGGCGCCCGCUGGAGCUGUACUGCCAGGACGAGCGGCGCUGCAUCUGCUGCAUCUGCACCGUGCGCGGCUGCCAGCGGCACCGGCGGGUGCUCUUCGAGGAGGAACGGGCCAAAAAGCAGACCUUUUUGAGAGAAUCCCUGGAAAAAGCCCAGGAGGAAUCAGAGAGGAUUGAGCUGGCAAUGAAGGAGCUGGAGGUGCAAACACAGAGCAUCAAGGACUGCUCUGAGGACAUCAAAGCUGGGAUUUGCAGCAAAUUCACCCACCUGAGGAGAGCUCUGGAGGAUUCCCAGUGUCAGACAGUGGCCAGGAUUGAACAAGAGCAGGGGGCAGCACUGGAGCGUGUGGACAAGAACUGGAACCUGUGGAAGGAUCGCCUGGAUGUCCUUGGCCAGCACAGGGAGAGGGCUCAGAGCCUGCUGGCCUGCCCUGACCACAGGACCUUCCUCCAGGAAUUCCCCCUGCUCCCUCCUCUGGAGAGCCCAGAGGCGCUGGUGCCCGUGGAGUUUGAUGUGGCUGCUGUGAUCAAGCCCAUCUCUGAGAUCCUCACCAGCAUCUCCAGGCUCCUGCUGGAGGAUCUGCCUGACUCUGUGGCCCCCAAAGCCCCCGACCCUGCUGGCCAAGACCCCGUGCAUCCCCAGGAGCUGGCAGUGAAGGCUGUGGCCCCUCUCCCCAGGUGCCAGCUCCGAGCUGAGCUUCUGAAGGACCACCGCAACCUGACCUUCGAUCCUGAGACAGCCAACAAGUACCUGGAGCUGUCCAAAGAUGCCAGGAAGGCCAAGCACGGUCCUGGCGCCGUCCAGGGGCAGGAGCAGGGCCCCCGCUUCGAGCCCUGGCAGGUGCUGUGCACGCAGAGCUGCGGCCCCGGCCACCACUACUGGGAGGUGAAGAUCUCCAGCCACUCCGUCAUCCUGGGGGUCACCUACCGGGGGCUCCCCCGGGAGCAGCAGCAGGGCCACAGCUUCACCAUCGGGCUGGACGGGGGCUCGUGGGGGCUGCAGGUGCGGGAGGAUUGUUACCUGGCCUGGCACGAGGGCCGGGCACAGAAAAUCCAGGAGCAGCUCUAUAAGAACCUGGGGGUCAGCCUGGAUUAUAACAAGGGACUCCUCUCCUUCUACGGCCUCGGGGAGAGGACAAAGCUGAUCCACUCCUUCCACGGUGUCUUCACUGAAGCCCUGUACCCCGUGUUUUGGCUGUGUGAGGGGCGAGUGGUGACGCUGUGCCAGAGGGACUGAGCCAGAGCCACCACACUGAGCCAUAGCCAGGCUGGCAAGUGCCAGGCCUGGAGCUGCAGCUGAGGCCGUCGUGGUACAGUGGGACCUCCGUGCUGAGGCAGGUGUGGAGUGCAGUGUUUUAACAGCAGCUGAUGAGCACAGACAUGUAAAUUAACCUGUUCAAAUUGCAUAUGUAAAUCUCACACUAGUGACACAUGGCAGGGCUGGAGCUCACCGUGGGAGCCUGUCCCUGCAGACAGAGCAAGGGAAGGGGGGAUAAGGAAGGUGAAAAAGUGAAAUUUUCCUCUUUCUUCUAUCCCUGCCAAACUUCCCAAACUUGGGGAAGGUUUGGGAUGAGGCAGACCACAGAGUACUCUGAAACAAUUCGGAGGGAUCUCUGUGCUCACUUGCAGGCAGGUCCUGCUCCCCCCCACCCCUUCGUGGUUUCCUCUUGCUGUUCUCAGAGCUGGCAGAGCAAUUUCUCAGGGUUCUACACUGCAGCUCUUUGUACGAUGCUGCUUUUCCCAAUAAAGCUCUAUUUUCUUA